AUGUCAUUUUCCGCGCGGCUGGCGCGGCGAGCGUUGGCAAGCCCUCCCGGUGGCGGCAGCUUGCGCAGCUUUGCCGUCCUCUCCCAUGUGUGGACAGGUGGUCAGCGGCCCGAUGCCAGUGGACCACAAAAGGUUUGUGUCAUGAUGCACGGCAUUCUGGGAUCGAAGUCGAACUGGAAUACUCCUUCCCGGCGUCUUCUGCAGCAGAUUGGUGCGAAGGGCUGGCGUAUCCUACAGCUUGACCAUCGCGGUCAUGGGCGAUCACCAUCAGGAUCGGCGCCUCACAACCUCGAUGGCUGCAAGGACGAUGUCCUUGAGACGCUCGAGGCCGCUGGCGUCUCACAAGCCGAGCUCGUGCUUUGUGGCCAUUCCUUCGGCGGGAAGGUGGCCCUGGCAGUCCUUCGUGCUUUGUCAGCCCAAGGCAAGCCUCCCAGGUGCACUUGGAUAUUUGAUUCAGUUCCAGGACGUCCGGCAGAAUCCUCUGCAGAAGAGGAGCGGCGGCUGCAAAGUGUGAACUUCGUGCUUGGAGCUGUAGCCUCUGCAGCGUCGAGGCGUUUCAACAGCCGCAGCGAUCUCGUUGAGGUCUUGCAAGCAGAGCACGGCCUUGCGCCGCCUGCGGCGGCGUGGAUCGCUCAAUCCGUUCGCCAAGUGCCGGAUGGAGUGGAGCUGAGCUACGACAUGGAAGUAGUGCGAAAGAUUUAUGAAGCCUACCGUAGUACGGAUAUGUGGGAUCUGCUCCAGGAGGGCAAUGCAGAAGUUGGGAUCGUGGUGGCGGGCCGUAACAGGCAGAGUUGGGGGCCGGAAAACCUUCAGCGGCUGGAGAACUGCCACCAGGGCGUGCAGGUGGUCACACUGGAAAAUGCAGGGCACAACGUUCACGUGGAUGAUUUACCGGGUCUGUUGACUGCGAUAACUCCAAGCUUCGCAUAA